UUUGUAUAUCAUUGGAUCGAGUGAGUUCUGUCCUAUUUCUUGGAUCAUUCAAAACGUAUACGAAUAGAUUUUUCGUACUAUACUUUCUUUACAUGCUCAGUAUGCUUUUAAUUUUGUACGUACCAACACCACUGCUUCGUCGUUACACUGAUAGCCGAUGUGUUAUGGAUUUUUCAUUCCCCUGGAUUCAAACAACAGCAUUUCUUAAUUACAUUGUAUACUCCUGGGUUGUGUUCGAGUACUUUGUGCCAGUUUUAGUCAUGUUGAUCAGUCAUGCAUGGGUCAUACAUAUUAUUAAGAAAUCUCAAUCAUCUCGUCAUAGUAAUUCAUCACAAAAUUUGGAGUCCAGUUUGCAAAUUAAGCGUACAGUGAUUCAGUUGGUGAUUACAACAGCAAUAAUGUCAUGUCAACAAGCUAUAUUACACUCGUUUGAAUGCAUAAGUCAAAUAUUAAUCAUAUGUGAAGUUGUAGUUUACACUUAUGGUACUCCGAUUGAACAAAUGGGUACAAUACUUAUAUUAUUUGGAUGUUCUUCUAAUCCAUGUAUUCUUAUCUUCAGCACAAGUACACUGAGAAGAUAUUUAUUGUCACUAAUUAAAGGUAAAAGACAAAAAAUGUCCAGUAUUGAAACAUACGGGCAAACAGAAUAUAAUCAGCACUAAGAGUAUAUGAAUAUAUUAAUGUUAAUCAUCGUCUGAAUCGAUAAUACUUACCACAUUAAAAUGAGUGUUGUACAGUGAGUGAACUGGAUUUUCUGUUGUCCUAUUAUUAAAGAAAGUAUUUUUAUGAUGCCAAAACACAAUCUACUCAUCUAUAUAGUUUUAUUUUCUAAUAGCACUGUUUGUCUAUUGACUAUUGUGCCUGUCUGUAAUCUAAUUGACCUUAGUAGUAGUUGUUAUUCGAUAUACAUUUGCAUGUAUCUGAAUUAACUGUCAUAUUCGCG